AUGGGCAUUAUUACUGGUAUCAAGAUUUGUAAAGCUGCACCAUCUAUCAGCCACCUUCUCUUUGUCAAUGAUUGUAUGAUUUUCUGCAAAGCCAACAUGUCUGAGGCCCACAAUAUUAUGGAACUUCUUCAAAUAUUUGGAAGCACUUCAGGGCAACUAAUAAAUUUCAACAAAUCUGGAGUCUUCUUCAGCAAAAACACUAACCCAAAUCUCAUCUCUCAAACCAGUAGCUCUACGGGAGUUCAAAUCCUUCAGUUGGAUGAUAAAUACCUAGGCUCACCUCUCUUCACUCAUAGAAGCAAAAUAAUUUUUUUCAAGCCUGGAGUGGAAAAAUUGAAGCUAAGACUUUCUGGUUGGAAAAAUACUCCUCUAAACCCUGCUGGAAGGGAAUUUCUCAUCAAAUCUGUCACUUCUUCAGCAUGUAUCUACCAGAUGAACUGCUUCAAGGUGCCUAAGAAAACCUGUAAAGACAUCAACAAGCUUCAAAGAGACUUUUUCUGGGGAAAAAAUAUAGAAAACCCUACUGGUUAUUACCCAAAAGCUUGGACAUCAGUGUGCAAACCAAUAGAGUUGGGGGGUUUAAGAUUCAUGAAUAUGGAACUCUUUAACAGUUCUAUGAUAACCAAAAUUGGCUGGAGACUUGAGCAGGAUAAAUAUCCUCUAUGGUAUAAACUCAUGGAUGCCAAGUAUCUCUUGGGCAGAAAUGUUCUCAACAUGGAUACAAAAUCAAAGGAUGAUGGAAAUUGGGAUGAAACUCAAGUUUAUACCUACUUCAACAAUGAUAAUGCUGCAGCUCUAUACAAGGCAAAAUUUGGAAAUCUUUACAGAAAUGACAUUAUAACAGGGAACUGGGAAGCCAUCUGGAACAUGGAGGUGGCUCCAGUUAUCAGAAUUUUCAUUUGGAAAUGUGCUCAUGGAAUUCUUCCCACAAAUGCUAAAACAGCUAGCAUACUUUACUACAUCAAUCCUACAUGCAUUGUUUGCAAUAGUGGGGAAGAAGAAACCAUGACACACAUGUUCCUCAACUGCUCUGCUGCUACUGUAGUUUUGCAUGAAAUCAUUGGCUCUUACAACACUCAGUUUUACCAUUUUCAUAGACUGGCUGAAUUCCUGGUUUCAAACUGGAAUGACCAGUAA